GUGACUCACUCUGUGACCUUCACGAUCACCAAUGAAGCCUUCUCAGCGGCACUCGGGAACCCUGCCUCCCUGGAGUACCAGCUGCUGAGUGAAAACAUCCGACAUCAGCUCCAGUCCGUCUAUCACGAGGCCUUCUCCAGCUUCGAGGGUGUCGGUGUCCUGCUCUUUAGGCCUGACUCUGCAGCUGUGAAUGCCUCCCUUGUGUUUGGGGGCCUCGCCCCGGGCCCCUCUGCCCGUGAAGUCCUCUGGACUCUGUACCGCAAAGUGAAGGCCGCAGGGAAGUUGUUGGGGAACCUGUCCCUGGAUGAGAGCAGUCUCGCCUCUGAGGGGUCCGACCUGACCGACCUGGCCCUGGAGACCACCAGCAUCCAUCUCACGGCCAUGAGGCCCUUCCAGCCCCCGCUCCUCCUGCCUGGCUCUGCCCGCUUUGUCCUGCUGGAAAAGACGAUCCUCCGACAGGUCAUACCCGUGCUGUCAGGAUUCUAUACAGCGCGUCCCCAGGAAGAGCCCCUGCUCCUCUUCAGUAAUGUGGACCAGUGGGCGGGCGUUUACCUCGAAUACAAGUUCCAGACCCCCAUCGGUACCCACCUCCCAGGCUUGGCCAAUCACCUGGCCCGGAACAUAAUGGAUCCUGCUGUCCAGAAAUCCAGCAUCAUGGCCAAUGCUGACCACCAUCCUCAGGCCUCUGCAGAACUCCGGCCAAGUGGUGGUGGAGAAGUUCCAGUAAGGCCGUGGUGGCUCUGGGUGACCUGGGGCCCAGGGCUGAACUCUAGCGGUGGGGCCAGUGGCUCAGAGAAAUGGCCUUCCUGAGACCCCCGGGCUGUCUAGCCUCCUGGCACUGGUGAAGAUCUUCCCGCCAGGCCCGACCCACUGACUGCCGGGGUGGGUGCCACCUUCUUCAGGGCCGCGCCGGCCCGAGCCUUCGUGCAGGACUGCGUGCUCUGGGGUCUGCAUGACCUGCAGGAAGCUGAGGGCCUCUCCGUGGAGAUGGUCAGCCCAGACCUCGGUGCUGACGCGGAAGGCCUGCUUCGGAGUGUCCAGGUACAGAGGCGCCCCUCCCCGAUGCUGCUCCUGCCACUGAAACUGCACCCCAAACCUCUCCUCCUCCCGGCCCCGCCCCCAGCCUUCCACAGUCAGCGCCUCAACCCUGACAACGAGAGCCAGAGCAGCAAGGCACCACCUGAGGUCACACAGCAAGGGGGGCUUCUUCCCUCCUAGCUCAUCCAAGGACUAGACUCCCAGGGCCACGACAGAGGCAGGGUGCGGGGGACAGCACCUCACCACCCCACACCAGGGACACCAGGCAUGCUCUAACCACGGCGGCACCCACCUCCCCCCGGGAGGUCUGGAAAACUACUCGAUACCAUCGUCAUACUCAGGUCAGGCUCUGGGGAGCGGAACAGGGCAAGAUGAAGGCCUGCAGAAGAUGCGGGCAGGGGAAGAGAGCUGGCGCCCUCACACCUGACCUGACACGGUGGUGGGGCUGGAGGUAUCAUUGGUCUCAAGCCAAACUUCGGUCUUUUUGGGGUACGGAAAAUUAAAUGACGCAGCGCAAUCAGAAGCUGGUACAAAAGACUGCUUUUGUUUCUAGGCAGUCAUCCAACAGGAGAGGUUCAGAGCAGAGCCCACAGGAGGAGGAGGUGGGGGCAGAAGACUGACAGGGUCAAGGGUGGGAAUGGGGACUCUUGGGGGCAAGGCUUGGUCUCAGCCCCACCUCCGCCUUAGGCCCGGCCACCCUCAGACCAAAGGCCUUGGGGUGCUGGUGGCCGAGGUGAGGCCCGGCUGUGUGCCAGGGAAGGUCGGCGCCGCGGGGCAAGCCGGGCUCAGAGAACAGACCGCCUGGCUAGGGAAGGUCUAGGACGGAAGCUAAGCUGACCACCUCUCAGGGGCGGAGGGUGGGGCUUUGAGGGGGAGGCAGCUUUCCUGGACCACAGCCAGGGAGGUGAAGGCCUUGGCCCACAAAGCUCCAGCGACUGCUGGGCCCGCUGGGACGUGAGCGAUGUGGUGGCACAGGGCGAUGGCCUUUGAAACCAUGACUUAGAAGGGAAGGGGACUCAAGCGUAGUCUUACCCCAAAGGCUCCCUCGACCUACAGAAGAGCCGGCAGGCCCGGUGAGGGGACCCAGGAGCCCAGGGCCCAGAUAGCAGCCAGCACCAAGAUGCCAGAGAGGGUCAGCAGGAAGGUCACCACGUAGAGGUUGACUGCAGCUGGCGGCCGAUUCCUCUGCACUUCUGGAAUACGCUUUGGUCGCCUGGCCCUCCACAAGCCAGGCUGUCGAGCAUCACGUGAGGCCUCGCGUGAAGAUACAGUUCAGACACACCUGGUGACCUCUGUGGGUUUGAAGGAGAAGGUACAGGGAAGGAAACCCACACAUGGGGACCUAGCAUGGUCUCUCUGGAGGUGAAGUGACAGUAUACCUGCAACACAUAAGGAGAAAGGGUCUACCUGGCAAGGUGAGCCAGCCAUGCGGACACCAGGCUGGACAGACAUCACCAGGGUCUACAGGAUGGCGGAGGGGCCUGGCAAACCAGCACCCUCACGCAGACGAGUCUUUCCUAAGCAGGUCUUCCCCAUGGGCCAGAUGGGGCCUGCAGGACACUUCCCACGGCCCACCGUUACGCGGACUUUAAUUCUCAGCAGCUCUGAAGCUGCGCAGUCCCAUUCUCCAGCUGAAUAAACAGAGGCUCAGAGAUGAACACGCAGUGCUACCUUGAUCCCUCCGCCUGCUGCCUCCUCCAGAACUCAGUUCAUUCUAAAAACCUAACACUCAUCAAGCACCUGUGACUAGGUGCUAGUAUCCCCAUCUCGCAGCCGAGGAGAGGGAAGCAGAGGAGUUAAGUGACUUGCCCAAGGUCACAGUCACAGGGCUCCAGAGCCUGCAUUCUUGACGACCACAUGCCCACAGCAGGGCGGUGCUAGCAUCUGCACCUGAAAGGUGGGAACUCUGCUGCCUUCUUGGACAGGGCGUGCAGCCCCAGGUUUUGGGAGGUGGCAGUGCAGGAAACAAGUCGGCCCAUUGGGCCAGUGGUUCUCCAGGGUCUGAGGGGCAGGGAGAGUGCUGUGAGCCACUCCCCCACCCACCCCAGCGACACUCACUGGGAACCUUGAAUCAGCACCUGC